AUGGGCGAUGCAUCGAAACGGAUCCAGAUGUCACUCAAGGAAAUCGAUAGGCUGUUGGCAGACUCCCCUAUGCCCACUCCUCGUAGAGUGGGAGGUGUGACAGGAGCAACGCCUAUACCUCUACCGAGAGUAACGAUUACAGAUGAAGAUCUCGCUUUGCUUGAUGAAACUGAAAUGGAAGAACGGCCUUCGUCUCCAGUAGUAGCUUUUUCGAGCGCUACUGCCAAUGAAGUGACUGCAGAGAGGACAACGGAUGCUGACAUUUCAGACAAAGAAAAUGUGGCCACUCCAAGACGUGAGAUGCUGGAAUCAAGCAUGGAUGCGGAUCGGAUAUCACUGUCAGGAGCCGACUAUUCUCCACCUCUAUACUCGCCAAACAAAGACAUAGAACAACAACCCAGCAACCGUCGAAGUAGUUUAUCUCGACUUGCCCACGGAUGGAGUACGAUGAUGGGCCACCCGAUUGCCGGCUCUGUGGCUGAGGAACUGGCAGCUCAACAGCGCCCUGCUCCUGUCUUCUCGCCCCUCUUAUCACAGAGUUCCAAGCUGAUUACCGAUAUGGUCUCCUCACUGCUCUCACCUUGGUCUACGGCUUCCAGACGUAUUAGGGAACAGGCGGGACCUGGUAGCGACAGUUUUGUGCAAGAGGUGUCUAGUGCUACUGAAGAUGGUGGCGAUGAAUUAGCUUUGGGAGGUAGAUCCUGUGAACAGAGUCUUAUAAAUGCGUUUGGGAAGAUUGCGGUUGCAGAUGAUUCUAGUUCCGAACGUGAUGAAGUAAGAGAAAAUUGCCUAUUUCUUUCAGCCUUUUUCUCUCCAACUCGUGAACGACAAUCCACAGAUAGCCGAAGAGAGUCUUUUAUCAAGAGGUCUGCCAAUAUCACACUGAAAAGUGCCCUGAUGGAAGAUACGCGUGAAGCCACUUUCAUGAGUGAGACUUCUCACUAUUCUGACGCAACUAGUGCUCUUCCCUCUCCUCUGCGGACUUUGAAAACUUCUGGUCAACAACAAACACCUUAUUCCUCACAGGGUAAAUCUGGAGAUUUGAGAGAAGAGCUUACUAGAUCUCCAGCAGGUGAUAUUGAUUCAACGCCUGUUGGAUAUGUCUCGAGACGAUCUUUGUCGAAAGGCAGCAAAGAGGAAUUAAGUGCUCUGGAUAAUCAGCAGCGCCAUUCUUUCUUAGUUUCUCCUCCGAUGUCCACAAAGCCUAAUGAAGAAAAAGAGCAGGUUCUCUGUUCUGCCAAGAAGAAGGAUUUCAUAAAUGCACAGAGUGAUUCGAUUAAUGAAAUGGCUUUCGUUUCUCCUCAUAAAACUCCGGAGAAGAAAACUUCAUCAAUUUUCGGACAACAAUCACAGGUCGUAUUGAUGACCGCAGACCAACAAUCUGAUCAUCCUGGUGUAGUCGUUACUAGUGAAGUUAUGGGUAGAGAAAAGGUUUUAGAUACUUCAAAUCGUGAGCCAAUCAUUGCUAAAGUUCAGCAGGCAGAUACAAGUGGGUGUGUUUCUCAGUCUAUGCCAACAACCGAUUUUUCAGAUACUCAUGCCACGAAUGAGGUGCAAGCCGUUUGUGGAAAAAUGGGGCAAUAUUCCUCACAAGCAUUGCCGGAAACUAUUUCCAACGAUGAUCAGAUGAAUUUUGUCGAACAGUCCGAGGAGCACAAUAUUGUGGCUUCCGAGGAACCACAUCGGCUCUUGCCUGAAGAUGAUAAUGUUCCAGAAGGUAUUCAAAACAAUCCUGAAUCAUGUCUUCCUAUUGUAGUUCCACCACUUCAAGCUGAGGAAGUUGUUCAACCCAGUUUAUUUUCUCCUCCAGUGCUACCUGCUGUUCGAGUUUUACCACUUCCUACUGGAUGCAUUUCUAAACAAGAACUAGAGCAGUCUUCUCAGCAAACCUCAGAGACUGGGGUUAAAGAAAUUCGUGUUACCGAUUAUAGUCAAGCAGAAGUUUCUCGACGACUAUCUUCUCAAGUUAUAUUAACAGAAGCUGAUAACAUUCCACUUGAGAAUAUUGAACCACUACAAGUUUCCGGAUUAGCCGAAACUGAAAUUUCAGAAGUUGCCAGAGAUGUUGAAAUUGAGGUUUCAGAACAGUUGAAACCAAACUUUCAAGAGACUACAUUAUCCCAACGUGGGGUUUCUUUUGUACCUAGUGUGAUACCUGAAGACUAUCAAAUAGGAUCUGCUGGACUAUCGACAGGUUUACUGGAUUCUGUAGUUCCAGAUGUUCCUCAAUAUAUUAAUUUGAAGAUUCCUGAUCACCAUGAAUUAUAUUCUGUUGAAGAAUUGCCUGAAACCGACGUACAAUCUAUUUCUGAUAUCAGUCUCAGAGACCAACAAGUGGAUCAAGUUGAGUUUUCUGCUCCCCCCGAUUUACCGAAUGCCAUUUCAGCUCAACCCGAGGAAACCUCUGCUCGUUUCCAAAAGCAUGAACUACAGUUGGAGCUGUCUGAACAGCCAGAAUUUUGUGUUACUCAUACAUCACCAGUGGGAGAAAUUGUAUCAAUUCCUGGUAUGGUCUCCGAGGAGAUUCAAUUUGAGGCUUACGAGCAAUCAGGGUUGCCCAGUGUUCGAGAUUCAGAUGUUUCUAGGAAUAUCCAAGCGGAUUUUGAACCACAGGUGUCUUACAUUUCUCAUGAUUCAUCAAAGGUUGAUCGGCCCCAAAUCUCAAGAGAACAUGAGAGUAUUUGCCUUGCCCAAGAAUUUUGUGAUGCUGAGGUACUUUCAGUCUCUGCAACUUCGUCUGGAAACAUCCAAUUAGAGGUUUCCGAGCAAUUAAAAUUUACAAAAUCCCCGGCUUCUAUUAUUCAUGAAGAUGCUCGUGUUGGUUCCGAACUGCAGGAACACAGUGUUCCUCAUGAUAUAUUGGGAGUCAGAAUUUCACCAGAAGACGCUCAAACGGCGCUUUUAUACCAAAGCAAUGAUUUUCCAAAAUCUAGAUUUUCAAAUGUUUCUGCAGAAAUUUCAGGAAAAUUGUGUAAUGAAUUAGCGGUUGAUGCCACAACACAUCCUAGUACCACAGGUGAAUAUAUGCAUAUUGACGCUUCAGAGCAUUCUACAAACUUGUCAGAACCUAGGGUUUCAACUGAUCUUAAUUCGAAUGCUCAGAAUCUUCUCUGUGUUGAUCCUUUUAUUACUGAGCCUUUAACAGAAGUUUGCGAGGAGCCAAAAAGCGAAAGCUUAGCUGAAAUGGUUCCAGUUGUUCUAUCCUCGUCUAAUGACGUUCCCGUGGAGGUUGAGUUAGUAGAAACAACAGCUCAAAAUAAUUCUGCCAUGAAACUCUAUCGAGGUGCUUCUGAGCAUUCCUCAAUCGUUGGAAAUAUUAAAGUCGAACCGGUUUCAGAGAGUAUUCAAGGUACAGAUUUUCACAAGUCUCCUAUGGGUUCUACCGCGGAGGAAACUGAUGACAAGGCUGAUGUGAGUAUUACUUCAGGAUUGAAAAUUCCCCAAUCUAUUGCGAAAUCCGUGCGAAUCUCAGCAUCUCCUUGUUUCUCAGUUUUGGGUAUGGUUGACGACAACUCUGAAGACUUGAAUAGAUCUCGACGUUCUCUGAAGAGAUCUCCCUCAGAAGGUUCAAGUUCCCGUCGAAAUUCAACGGACAGCAACGCGAUAAUUCGAAAAUCGCUUUCACAUGCAGAAGAGGCGGAGUGUAUGGCCAGGGUAUCUACUUCUCCUCGAAGUAUAGAAAAUUCACUCAAUAGAACAACUGGAAGAAGACGAACAAUCACUUUGGACAAACCUUCACCUCAUCUUCAAGCCUCUUUGUCAAGAAGUGGGCAAUUAGAAAGGACACCACCCAUAAUCCGAUGCCCCGUUGCUUCAGGUAGUAGGCGAUCAUCCAAGAUUGCACUGGAUGAUCUAUCAAAAUCUGAUGAUAAGGGCCAAGCGAGUCCGCUCAUUCCGAAAUGCCACUUGGAUGGUGAAAGCGCCAAUCAAGUUUCAGGAGAUGUGAAAUCUAUUGAGCACGGUCCAGACAACAAAGAGAACGUUGCUCCGGAGACUCCAUCUAUUGUUGCCAAUCAUGGAACUAAACCAUCCCUACUAAUGCCAUCUACAUCACCACAGGCAUUUUGUAAACCGUCAAAAGUAUCAACAGACUCUCAGCAGCAACUUUCUGAAAUUGACGAAUCAGCGGAAGAAGAGAAGGCUAGACUUCUUGAGGAAGUUCAAGCACUUAGGAAAAAGAAGGAUGUCCUGGGGCUUGUAUUAGCCAAAUACCGGUCGACCUUUGAAGAGGCACUGGAUAAUCAGAGUGGAAUGCAUUUCGCUACCGCAAGUGCCGGGUCUCAAGCCGAUCAGGAGGCCCAUGAUGCACGUCGCCAAGCAGCCACACUUCACGCGGCUGCUUUGGAAUCGCAAAAACGCCAGGAGCGUAUAAGGGAGGAGAUUGAGAAACGUAGAACUAACCAGGAACUGAUCAUUAAGCGCACGGAAAUUAUGAAAGAGAAGUACCUGCGUCUGUUGGACAAGGGCCAGACGUAUAAAAAGUACUGCAUUGACAAGAUUCAAAGAGCUGUUGAAAAGUUGGAGAUUACGAAGACGGAAUUGGACAAGGAAUUGAGCAAGCUGCGUGUGCAACUUAAACAAUUAGAGUUAAAGCAGAGAUCUCUCGAAGCAAAUCUCGAACAAAAGGCUAAGGAGAAUGAGGAGCUAACCAAGAUCUGCGACAAUCUGCUCAAGGGCGUGUUGUGA